ACUUAUUUGCCGGCACUCGGGGGAAGCGAGAGGGAGCCUGGCUCUGGACUCGUGGGCCGAUUCGACUCUCUGUAGGGUCGGCAUGGAUCUUGAGUUAGGACACCUGGGUUCUUUCCCUAGCCCCGCUGCCCACCUCCUGUGUGAUCUCGGAGCGGUCGAUAUCCCCCUGUAUGCCUCGGUUUCUCCACCUGUAACAAGGGGGAAAGUUGUUUUGGACAACAGUAGGUUCCCUGCUGGGGAGCAGAGGCAGCUUGAUACCCCCUGGAGUGUGAUAUCCUCUGGCCAUGGAGAAAUCAAAGCCCCCAAAGAAGCUUUGCUUCCCAGGCAAGGCACCGGGCUGCCACUGCCUGGUAGCGAUGCCCUCCGUUUGGCGCUGAAGCAGGGUAUUGAGGAACCAGUUCUCAUGGCAGCAGCAAACUGUACUCCUCCGGGCUCUUUAGAUUUGCAGCAGCCUGGCUUUUUGAAGGUUAUCCUCGGGACGAAAUUGGAGGAUAAGUACCUGUGCUCGGCCUGCAAGAACAUUCUGAGGCGACCCUUCCAAGCUCAGUGUGGCCACCGUUACUGCUCUUACUGUCUAAACAGCAUCAUAAGCUCUGGGCCUCAGAAUUGUGCUGCGUGUGUUCAGGAGGGAAUAUUUGAAGAAGGCAUCUCGAUUUUAGAAAGCAGCUCGGCUUUUCCAGAUAACGCUGCCCGAAGGGAGGUAGAAAGCCUACCAGCUUUCUGUGUCAACGAUGGAUGUUCAUGGAAGGGGACCAUCAAGGAAUACGAGGCCCAUGAUAAGAUCUGCCCCAAGUUCCCCCUGACGUGCGAAGGCUGCGGCAAAAAGAAAAUUCCACGAGAGAAGUUUCAAGACCACGUGAAGACCUGUGGCAAGUGCCGAACACCUUGCAAAUUUCAGGUGGUCGGCUGCUCCGAAAUGGUGGAGAAUGAGAAGCUGCAGGAGCAUGAGAGUCAGUGGAUGACCCAGCACCUCUGCAUGUUGCUGAGCUUCGUUCUGGAGACCAAGGCCCAGCACGGGGACAUCAAGAACAUCCUCGGCUUGGGGCAGGGCGAUGGGGCCAUCCCGUUAACCAACUCCUUUGCCAAUGGGCCCGAGCUGGCCCCCUUUGCAGAGCUGCUGCAGAGGUGCGAAGCCCUGCAGAGGAAAGCAGUCACCUUUGAAAACAUUGUCUGUGUAUUGAACCGCGAGGUAGAAAGGGUAUCCAUGACUGCCGAGGCUUGUAGUCGGCAGCACCGACUGGACCAGGAGAAAAUUGAAGCGCUUAGUACCAAGGUCCAGCAGCUGGAAAGGAGCAUUGGUUUGAAAGACCUGGCCAUGGCAGACAUGCAGCAGCAGAUCCACGACAUGGAGGCUUCCACGUACGACGGGAUCUUCAUCUGGAAGAUUACAGAUUUUUCCAGGAAACGCCAGGAAGCUCUAGCCGGCAGGUCUCCCGCCAUCUUCUCCCCAGCCUUCUACACCAGCAAGUAUGGCUAUAAGAUGUGUCUGCGAAUCUAUCUGAAUGGGGAUGGCACCGGUCGGGGGACUCACCUCUCCCUCUUCUUCGUGGUGAUGAAAGGACUGAAUGACGCACUUCUCCGCUGGCCCUUCAACCAGAAGGUGACGUUGAUGCUGCUGGAUCAGAACAACAGAGAGCACAUCAUUGACGCGUUCAGACCGGACAUGAGCUCAUCGUCUUUCCAGAGGCCCGUUAGUGACAUGAACAUUGCCAGUGGCUGUCCCCUCUUCUGUCCGGUUUCCAAAAUGGAGUCGAAGAAUUCAUACGUACGCGACGACGCCAUCUUCAUCAAGGCCAUCGUUGAUCUGACGGGCCUCUAACAGAGCCCGGGGCCGAUCUGCUUCAAAAUGGCUCAGACGGGGCCUAGGCUGUAGGGCACGGGGGGGCGCUCAGAGUUGUUGGGCAGAGGUCUAAGGCACGGGUGGCUAGGAGGGAAAAGAGCCCUCGCCCACCCACCCCACCCCCACCGAGAGGGGGUGAACUGAGAGGAAAUGUGACCUUAGGUGGACCUCUGGACUGCUGGCUUGAGAGACUCUGGCUGCAAGUCUCCAAGCGGUGCUGAGGAGCGGCUCCAUCAACCGCCAGCACCCCUGCCAGCUCUGGUCCUCGGGGGACUCGCACAAGGGACGGAGGAGCUGCUGGUGGGCCGUGGGGCAGCGGCCAGAUGGGCCAGGGUUGGCCGGGUGAGAGCGACACGGCGGAGAUUUCUUUGGAGCUGUCGUUCGGUGAGCCGUUCGCCCUGCAGGCCCCGAGAAAACAUGGGAGCAGAAGGAAGCCAGACCAAGCCAGAGGCUGUCCGGCUCACUGGGAGAACGGCUACCCACUGCCGGUGGUGGGAGGGACUUUUUCUUUUUUCCCCUUCUAUCCCGGGGCGCGGAAGCUGGUGCCCCCUUCAUCCCAGCAUUUCGUUGGCUGCCUCUGACCCAAGUAGGAAAUCCAAUUGGCAGCUGGGUCUGGAGAACUGGCAGGCCCCAGCAGAGCUGCACUGCCAUGUGCAGUAGCAAAUUGAGAGAGACCAUUGAGCCUUAGGAGCUUUUUGCCUUCGGUUUUUCUAAGCAAGUCUGGCCCAUUUCGAGGCAGAGCUGACCAGGCAACAGGCGGCUCCGUCCCUCCUCGUGGGCUCAAGCCCACUCUGGUGAUUCUCGCAGGCUCAGGUAAGGACCAGUGUCAGCCUCGUCCUGUUUUUUGGGGGUGCGGGGUUGGGGGUAGGGAGGAGGAGCCUUCCACCCACUGGACUAGCCCAGCAUCCUCGCGUGGUUCUUCUGGGGUCAGAGACCCUCCCUCUCGCCCGCCAGGAAGAACCAAGGGCUGGUGCUGACCCCAGGCCUGCAGUGAGAGAGACCAGGCCCAGAGAGUCUUCAGUUCUUGAUUCCUGAGCUCCUUGCUGGGCACAGGACCCUUGGAUUGUCAUCUUCCCCCCAGGGGCUGGAGAGCAGGCCACCAUUGACCACUGGGCUCUUGGCAGGACCCCAACUCCUCACCGGACCGAGGAGCAAGGUUUCCUUUGGCAGACAGCGGGCCUCAUACUUCACCGCCCGCCUCCCAACCUCCCCCCGCGUGGAGCCCCAAGGGCUCAGACCUCCACCCCAAGUACAGAACUUCCACGCCCGUAUGUGUAAGGAAGGGAAGGGCUCUGGGCCGGGAAUUCCCCCCACUGUCUUGCCGCUUCCUUCCUUCUUCCCAUUCCCCAAUCUGAACUCGAUCCCAGAAAGUGCCUUAACAAAGUAACCACAGAAGCUAAAUGCCCCAGCCCUUCCUCCGUGGGAACCCCUCCUUACCAUCUGGUAGUUCCCCAGCCAUGACCUUAAGUGUCUGAAAUGCCCAUUGUUGGGGAAGCACCCGGAUUACUGCUCAAGUAGGUCUUCCCUGGGACCACUGGCUUCUUUUUUUGGUCCAGCAGCUUCCACAGGCCCACUGCCAUUAGGAGGGAGAACGAAACUGCGAAUUGGGCCCAUUUCAUGGGCCUGCCACUCAGGUGAAUGAGAGGAAAUCCAGGGAGGCAGCCAGAUCUGAGGGGCGCUGGGGGGUAAAGAACCCUUUGCUCCCGGAACAAGGUGGGGAUAGGGUAGAAGAAGACUGUGGCCAUUUCCUGGACAAGGAGAGGAGGAACCUCAAGGAGCAAACCAAGAGCUUGUGAGGGUGACCAUGCCCCCACCCAGCUGGGGUCUGCCACAGUGCAGAGCUCUGGAGCCCUGGUCGCCCACACUCAGCGCUGCAAGAAUCUCGCAGUGGUGGAAGACAGCUUGGCUUGGGUUCUCUUAUCAGACAGAACUCCCUUUGGCUCAAAGGAAGUCCUGUGUGGGUAUCUUGGGGGACGAAUGGAGUCCAUGUGCGUGUGUACGCACCCUCGGGAAACAGCCUGGUGUCCUAGCACACCUUCCAACUGCUUUCUGUAGCAUUAAAAAAAACCCAUCACCGUUGCACACUC